GGUGCAGGAGAAGGUGGGGCGGUUCCCGUUGGGGCCUUUGGUGGCGUAGGCAGAGCACAAACCCAGCCCCACAGGUGAACUCACCUGAUGGUCCAGGUGAGGGGCAGGCCGUGGGGGACAGGCUACGCACAGGGGCACGGGAAGAGCAAAACCGCAGGGACCUAGGCUGGGCCAGGCCGGAGCUAUUGUAGCAUCAUCCAGUCCAGGACCCAGGUGGAGCCCCCAGCAUCAGGUGGGCUUGGGGCAGAGAGGACUCAAGAGCCCAGUGGGGAAGAUGUGGCCGGCGCUGUGGAUGCUCUGUGCGGUCUGGGUAGCGGCUGGUGCCAUCUCUGUGGAAACCCCACAGGACGUUCUUUAUGCUGCCCGGGGAGCAAGCGUUACCCUUCCGUGCACCUAUCAAACCUCCUCCCCCAACCGAGAAGGAUUCAUCCACUGGGACAAGCUUCUGAGGAGCCAUUCGGAGAAGGUGCUCACCUGGACCUUUCAGCACAAGGAGUACAUCUACGGGAACCUUUACAAGAACCGGGUCAGCAUAUCGGACAGCGCCGAGCAGUCGGACGCCUCCAUCACCAUCAGCCAGCUGACCAUGGAUGACAAUGGCACCUACGAAUGCACGGUCUCCCUGCUGGCGGACCUGGACGGCACCACCAAGUCACGCGUCCGCCUCCUGGUCCUCGUGCCACCCUCCAAACCAGACUGCCGCAUCGAGGGGGACACGGUGAUUGGGAACGACAUCCAGCUGAUCUGCCAGUCAGAGGAGGGCUCCCCGGCCCCUCAAUACAACUGGAAGAGCUACGACAUCCUGCACCGCGAGCGGCCCGCUCCCCCAGGUAACCGGGCAGCGGGAAGGCGGCCCCACGCCAGGCCAGCUGAUUGCCUGGGGUUGCCAGGUGGGCUGACCAAUCAGGUCCCCCGGAAGGCUGCCCUCUGCCCCACCCCGCAGUGGCCCUGUGAUAUCCCAGAUCAUCCCCUGAAGCUCCAUUUUCUCCUGAUAACACCCACCUCAGCGGUUGUGAGAAAGGAAAGUGUUUCAGGUGAAGCAAGUAGUGGAAGCACAAAUAAAUGCCCACCUGCCCUCCUCAUUCCCCGUGACUCAGCUCCUUGGGAGAGCAUGUGGCGGUGAUCAACUGCAAAUUGAAUCCGGGCGGGAUUUCGGUCUGAAUUAGGAGUCUGUCCUAAAGUAUAUAUUUGCAAACACUAUGCACGUCUACAGCAUAUACGUAUAAAGCACGCACGGAGUCCUACGCUAGCUCCACCCAAGGGUGGGAUUUCCCAUCCCCAUUCCCCACCCAGGCGUGUCCAUCUCAGUCCCCU